AUGUUUUUACUUUUGAAGAAAUUCGUUUGUAGUGUGUUUCGUACGAUACUUUACAAAAUGACACAGACCAUACGAUCAACUAAAGCCCGAAGCGAUUUAACGCCAUCAGUAUUAGUACUUAUACUAUUAUUUGUGAUAAUAUACUACUGUGGUUAUCGCAUACACACUGGAUAUAAAAGUGAUUUAGAGUUUACUGAUACGAGAGAGUUGUUGGAUCUAAAUCUGAUGAUGGAUGAUGGCGCAACCGAUGAGAAUUUCGUGGUGCAUGACAGUGUUUGCAAAAUACCACGCAUAAGUCCCUAUUCACCGGAUCUAGCCGCUCUACAAGCACCGGAUGUGAUCUGUGGAACUAAACUUCAAUGCACAAAACCAUUAGUCUCUAAGCGGUUCGAUAACAUAUCCGAUCGUUACUAUUUGCAUAUAAAUGAAGAAUGGAAAGAUCUGUACUUGCAGGAGGAGAGCGCUGUGCUUACUUGCUGCUUUAGAGAGAUAAAAAAUGAGGCCAGUGAUGAUAAGUUGAUUGGCACGCCUUGCUUCAUCUUCAAGCAAGACUUUUUCGUAUCACUCGAUGUGAUUGGCGCUAUUGUUAACUGUAUGCAGCGUGGCGACAAGAAAAUUAUUUUCAUGGAUGCAUUUUCGUUCAUACAUAAGCGGAAUUUCAGCGAAAGGUCGACGAACGACACUAAAAUCGGGGUACUGGUCUUUGGUCUGGAUAGUUUGUCGCAGAUUAAUUUGCGCCGUCGAAUGCCAAAAACAUACAAAUACUUAAAAGACAACAAUCAUCGUUGGCACGAGUUGUUGGGGUUUAAUAAGCUCGGUUACGAUGCCUUUCCUAACUUAAUGGCGCUGCUUACGGGUCGCCAGCUUCAACAGCAGGAAACUGUGUUCGCCUGUAAGCGCGGUGGUAUGCUCGACGACUGUCCCUUUCUGUGGCAACAAGUCAGUAAUAUGGGCAUGCCAACAGCCUACGCUGAGGACGGUAGGGACGACAUCACUGAGACCUUGCGAUUCGAACAUUCGCCUACAGAUUACUACCUCCAGCCGUUUAUGCGGGCCGUGGAGCGUCGUCAGCGAACGGAUACACACUUCAUAACACCUCAAUAUUGCUUGGGACCGCGGCUCGCAGGCAGUUAUGUCUUGGAUUAUGCAGUCGAUUUCGCGCAGGCUUUUGCCGGCGUUGGUGGUUUAGGUAUAUUUUGGGUGAAUAGUUUUAGCGAACAUCAUGUGAUACCGCAAAUGAUUGAUUACGCAUUCGCCAAAUAUUUGAGGUUAUUGAAAAGCACUAAGGUACUCGAAAAUUAUGUGGUAAUAUUACUUAGCGCCAAUGGCAUGCUACGCGGUCGUCUUAAGAACCUUGAUAGCGGAUUUUAUGAAGAACGUUUACCGUUACUUUACAUUUCACUACCUAAAGCUUGGAAGAGAAAACAUACGGCUUUAUUUCAAGCCUUGAAACUGAAUCGUAACCGUUUGGUGAGCCCCUUGGACUUACACGAAACCAUCCAACAUGCUCUAGCGCUUGGUGCAGGCACCACGGAGCUACACUAUAGUGAGUGCGAGAGCUGCCAAUCGGUACUCAGACCAAUAAAGGCGAAUCGCAGCUGCAGCGAUGCUGGUAUCGAUUGGUUUUGGUGCAGUUGUGAGCCUUUCGUUGCCAAGUGGUGCAACUCUUAUGCGUCUAGCUUGCUGUUGAGGUCUUUGCUGAUGAAUAUGAAUGGCUUAUUACAGCAGGCCGGCUUGCUCAACGGCACUUGUGGAGUUCUAAGCACGCACACGCUCUACAGCGUCUAUAACAGUCAAGAGGAGAACGACUACUAUUAUGUGAAAUUCAAAACUUCGUUGAAGAAUGUCGAAUUCGAAGCCGCGUUUUGGUACAACAAGGGAGCGCAGAAAGUUUUGCUGGAUGAGAAAAAGCUUAAUCGCUUAGAUCACAAGGAUACUGGUUGUGUAGAGCAUCACAGUAAGUUGCUGAGAAAGCUGUGUGUUUGUCUCUAG